AUGUCUCUCGGUCUUCCCGUUGGAGCCGUCAUGAAUUGUGCCGAUAACUCUGGUGCUAAGAACCUCUACGUUAUCUCAGUUGUCGGUUUCGGUGCUAGACUUAACAGACUUCCCGCUGCCGCUGCUGGUGAUAUGGUUAUGGCUUCCGUCAAGAAGGGUAAGCCAGAGCUCAGAAAGAAGGUCAUGCCCGCCGUUAUCUGCCGACAACGAAAACCUUGGAGAAGAAGGGAUGGUAUCUUCCUUUACUUCGAGGAUAACGCAGGUGUUAUCGUCAACGCCAAGGGUGAGAUGAAGGGAUCUGCUAUCAACGGACCAGUUGCCAAAGAAUGUGCCGACCUUUGGCCCCGUAUCGCAGCAAAUGCGGGCACAGUCGUCUAG